GCAUUAUUUUGCAGUGGCAACUGUAUUGUUGUCUUGGUUUCAAAGGUGAAAUGUGUAUCGUGUUCAUAGAUCUAAGGAACAACACCGAUUACAAAUGCGUCCUCUUGUCGAACCGAGAUCAGAUGCUAUGCCGUCCUACGCGGGAAACCCAGUUUUGGACACCCGACGGUCUCCUUUCUCUGAGUCAGGAUAACCACGGACUAUGCAUAGACGACAGCUCCGUGAGGCAAAAGUGUUCUAAACUGGUAUCCAAGAACCAGAGUACAGAAACGCCACGUAUACUUGCAGGGGUCGAUAUGGUCUGUUGUGGUACAUGGCUGGGCAUGUCAACGAGCGGAAGACUCUCUCUCCUGACGAACCGCAUCGAAUUGCUCGAAGAAUGUGAUUCAAGUAAAAAACCUCAUGGUCUGCAUCACCAGAAGGAGGAGGAUUGCAUCAGCAGGGGCAAUCUACCAGUUGAAUUCUUAUGUGGAGAUUCAGAGCCUGCUGAGUUUUUGAAACAGCUCGACAAUAGCCCUAGGAAUUAUCGACACUAUAACCUAAUAGUGGGCAACGGUGUAGACGAUCUUCAAUUCUAUAGCGACGCAAUGCCCAACCGCAUCGUAAAACUGGAACGUGGAAAAAUACACGGUCUGUCUAAUGCAUCGCUGAACACGCCUUCAUUUAAGGUGGAAAAGGGCAAAAAAAUGUUAGAGAACAUGAGGUUUCCGGACCCAGACAAGAUGGCAGCGGCCGCGUCUCAGUGUACAGAUAACCGUCCUUCUGUGGAGUGUCGCUCGCUUUUUCGUUCCAUGUUCGAAAUUUUGCGGGAUAGUGAGAAGCAGCCCUGCUCAGAAGACCAUCCCUGUUCACACGAGUAUUUGUGCUCGAGCAUUUACGUGGAACGCCACGUGGUUCCACCAGCCAACGAGUCCGAUAAAAGGACGGACGCAGAGAGAGUGUAUGGAACACGUUCUUCAGCAAUCAUUUUGGUGGAUCGAAAAGAUCGAGUGACCUUCUACGAGAGUGGGUUCGAAUAUGGUGCAAAAAAUAAGUGGAUGGACCAAGUGUUUCAUUGGAAGUUGCAACCUAUGUGAAAAAGCGUUUUGCUACUGUGCAAACGUUUAUCUGCUGUCUGAUAAAGCGCGGUUGUCUGAGAAAUCAACGCCGUACAUGGAAAAAAAAAGGUCCAAGGUAUUUUGUCAAACCUGGUGUAAAUUUGGGACCUUCCUUGAGCAUAGCGCACAGAGACCAUGGGGCUCAUAGACUGGCAAAUAACUGUCGAACUUAACGAAGAGUGUGGGGGACAAGGCAGCUUUUAGGGCUCAUAUAGAGAGAUUUGACUAAAAAUUUUUGUAACUUUAAUCUACAGCUCUUGCUCUGGUGGCUUAUAUAAGAUGUGGUAAUUUGGCGUAGCAGAGACUCUGGAACAGAGAUUAACUAACCUGAUAGGAGAACGUCCUGGACUGAUCGAAUGAGGGGGACGUGCUACCAGCUAUUCCAUAAGUGAUUCUCCGGGUGACAUUCAUGAAUGAGCUUGGGUUAGCUAAGUCGAUGGUUCCACUUCCUAAGACUUGGAUCGUGUUUUUCCCGUCAAAAGAGGGAGCUGAAAUUGCGGCCGUAAAACUUUUACGUUUUUCUGCAGGGUUUAUCUCGAUAGUAUGGGUGUACUCGAGGGCACUGCUGUUGAUGGGAACGCUGCUUUCGACUGUAAUAGUUCGGACGCUCUGGUUGAAGGUGUCAUUGGAACCGAAGCUGAUCUGUGGUGGCGAGCUGUAAGUGGGUGGUUUAACAGACGUGUACAUUACUUUUCUAGGUGAUUUCGCUUGACCCGCAGCAUCAGGAAUGGUGAUAAAGUUGUCUGGAUCGUUUAUGUUUAUAGACAAAUCUACUGGUUGCGCUAGAAAGGUGAUUCUUAUUUGUUGUUUAGCUCUGAUGUGCCAAGUAGAAAAGCCUAGGUCGGCGACCAGAGCUUUGAUGCGAUAAUCACUGUGCGUCUUGGUGUUCUCCUUCAACGAGAACCCGUUGACGGUUUUACUCGCGAUCAGUCCUAUUUGGCCAUUUUCGUCAACAUGCUCGAGAAGAAUGGUGACGGAUGACAACAUAGCAGAUUCAGGAAUGUAGACAUUAAGAUUGACGUGGA